CGCAGCAAAAGACGUCAGGCAAAACAGAAUUUUAGCAUGCAAAUCUCGCCAGUGAACCAUCUCAGCCCCAACACCCCUCGACCUUUCCCAACUCGCAUCCAGCUGUAGUAGAUGGUGGCUGUGAUAAAGCGUUCAGGCCACCCUGAUGGCCGCAUGGGCAGAGAGGAAGUAAGUGUUUGUGAAUUGUGGCUUGGGGCCUGACUAAUAGGUGCUGCCUGAGGGCUCUACCUGGGCAUAGACUCCACCCCACUGAUAGCUACCAGUUCAGUGAGACAGAAAGGGAGGAAGAGAGAGAGAGAGAGAAACUUGUCCAUGACAGCAGGACACACAGACGCAUCGACACUGUACACACCACAUCUCAAAAAUCUCUGGACCAAACAUCUAGUGCCGGUAACAGCGGACAACAGGAUUGAUAAAGCACAACAGUGCCAACAUGGAAACUCCUCCAGAGAGAAAACCAAAGAAACCCCACUACAUUCCCCGUCCUCCUGGCAAGCCCUUCAAAUACCAGUGCUUCCAGUGUCCCUUCACUUGUAACAUCAAGUCCCAUCUCUUCAACCACAUGAAGUACAACCUGUGCAAGAACUCCAUCUCUCUGGUGUCCCAGCGCGGGGAGCAGUCAGCAAGACCUUCCAGAGCUCCUCAGCACAGCAACUCCACCACCCAAAUCACUGAAGGGAUGCCAACACCUGCUAAAUCCAGCCCAGUCUGGCCAGGCAACAAAGCCAGAAAGGUGGAAUUGACUAAAGAUCCAGCUUGUCAGGAGUUGGAGGAUGGAGAACAGAGAGUAGAAACUGAGAGUCCCACGAAGAAAAGCCCAGAACCUAGCCCUGAGUUGAUCAACAGUGAAAGCAAAGCGCUGGAAGUAGUUGAGGCCGGGAUCAAGCACACCUCGAUGUCUGCCUUCUCUCCUGUCCCACGAAAGAGCGAAAGCGAGUCUCAGCCUUUACUACCCUAUAAAGCAGAGCAGCCCCCGCUGCAAGCUCCUCUUUCCUUCCACAAACCAACAAUCUGGGGUCAGCAGGCCACCCCUGUACCUCUCAAACCCCCUGUAACCAACUCAGUUGCAGACUACCCUCCAUAUAUUCUUCCUGAAAGACGUCCUCAUGCCCUCUACCAACCCUACAUGCCAAGCCAAAGCAACUCCCAUCGCCUGACUCUCCUAGAGCAUCACAGACCACUAGUACCAGCACCUCUACUCCCUCCCAAUCCAUCCCUCCUCCAUCCUUACCACUACAGAUACAGCCACUCCUUUCUCCCAGUCCCACAGCUGCCUUACAACCUUUAUCCACCCCCUGAACACACUUCAACGUUGCAGUCUCUGAGGUAUCUCCCUGUCGAGAUAUAUCCCCAUGGGUUUGAUCCCAGGGUCUAUGGAGGGUACAGCUAUCUCCAUCCGGGUUCCUACAGCAGGCAGCCAGAGGCAAGGGGGAACCAGCAGCAUGGAGGAGACCGGACAACGCGCCAGAGCCCCUUGGCUGGCUGUGCUGCAUCUGGGUCCCCAGACAGGCCGAGUACUGUUGAGUUUACUCAGAAGCACCCCACCAACCUUGAGCACAUCACCCACAGAGAACCACAAUCAGACUGCACCACUCUAAGGAGAGGGCCGAUCACAGACUCGUCUAGGAGUCCGCGUAGCCAAAGGAAAGAGACUGGCACACAAAAGCAAGGAAGAGACGACAUGCAAAGCACCAGUUUAGAGAGGCACUCUGGCUACUCAUCAGAGGAAGCGGAGGAUGAGGAGAGCAAUGACGAAGGUGCUCCUCUUAACCUGUCGAAGAGGGACCAGAACACACUCAUGUCCCCAGUCAGCCAUGAAUCUGAGAUCGACUCCAGCUCAGGGAGCAGUGAUGAAGAGGACGUUCCUCUCAACCUCUGUCUCCGUGCAAAAUCCAGCAGCCAGGCCCAGUCUGAGGUAUCAGGACAACUGGGCAGCAAGAAUGCUCAGGCCGACAGGCAACUGUUCACCAGUCCAACUGAACGAGAUCAGUGUGAACGCAGACACUCAGCAGCUUUUGCCCUCUGUCAGUUGGCCAGCUCCAGUAAUAUCAAUGCCUCUGAUCCUACAUCAGUUCCACAAGAGAAUAUCCAGACCCCGAGCUGCCUGCAACUUCCAGCCCAAAAUCAAGCGGCUAUCCAAGACUCUGUACACAUGGAUGAACCCAAAGAGAAAGCUCCAGCCCAGGGGCAGAAACGACCAAGCGAUGGGAACACAAAGAAGACCACCAAGAGGGCAAGAGUGAAAGAGCCUGUUCGAGUCCAGAGAAAAAGGAUACAAAACUGCUGAUCUCUCAUUUACAGGGUCAAUGAAAAAACAGGGUUAAGGGUCCACUCAAUUCAUAUUUCAGUUCUGAGCUGAUUAACAUUUUCUCUAGCUCACCCAUGAUGCCGCAGCUCAAUAAAAGUAAGAAUAACAUUUGGGAAGAUGUAUUAUAUUCUAUUACAUUCUGUUAAACAGAAUUCUAACACACUCAAAGACAUUUCAGACAAAAAAUGAACAGCUUAAUUGAGGACACCUAUUAUAAUACUUUUGUUUAACUGUGUUUAUACCAUUUCUGUAUUCAAUAUAGCUUUGGUGGAAAAAUCCUGUAUAAAUUGUAUGUCUUCAUGCACUACAAGGAAAACAAAGCUUCAGUUCUACUCUUUAAGGAGUCUUUCUGUAGUGUUUUGAAACACAAAAUAUCUGUACAUACAUUAUGUCUUCGUGCUGACUGUAUUGUUAUAUAUUCAAGCAGUAUAAAUGAUGUCAACUUUACUCUUCUCAAAACUGCAGUAAAUGAAUAAAAUG